AUGCCAACAGUUCCGAGCUUUAUUCCAAAGCCCAAGAAGCUUACCCCCGAGAAUGACCCUCUUCACAUCAUCAAGACAAGAAGGAUAACGCAUAAUAGGCCUGCCACUAUCGCUGGGCCUAUGGUGCGGUACUCCAAGCUGCCAUUUCGCCAACUUUGCCGCCAUUUCAACGUAGAUAUAGUUUACUCGCCAAUGAUACUUGCGCGGGAGUUUGUGCGUAAUGAGCACGCUCGCAUGGCGGACUUCACUACGAACAGCCGUGAUACACCGCUUAUUGUGCAGGUCGGGGUGAACAACGUCGUUGACCUCCUCCGUUUUGUUGAGAUGGUCAGCCCGUACUGCGAUGGCAUCGGGAUAAACUGCGGCUGUCCCAUUCGCGAGCAGGUCCGUGAGGGCAUUGGUUCCGCGCUCAUCUACAAUCAGCCGCUACUUUGCGAGAUGGUUAGAGCAGUCAAGGAGAAGUAUAAAGACACGGUGCGUCUAGAGACCAAAAUACGUAUCCACGACGAUCUGGCCCAGACUGUAACAUUGUGCAACGCACUGGCCUCCGCCGGUGUCGACUGGAUUACCAUCCAUGGCCGCACGCGCACCACGCGGUCUUCAGUGCCUGCCAACAUUGCGGCAAUCCGCUACAUAAAGGAGCAUAUUACCGACAAGGAGCUGCCCAUUGUGGCUAAUGGCGAUUGCUUCACGUUGGACGACUGCCACCGGAUUGCGGCAGAGACAGGCGCUGACGGCAUUAUGGCCGUGCGGGGCCUACUGGCAAACCCGGCGCUCUUCAGCGGCUACAAGACCUGUCCGUGGCACGCGGUUGAGCUCCUGUGGCACUACGCCAUGGAGUUCGGGACCUUGCCAUACCAGCUACUUCAGCACCACCUGCAUUGCAUGCUCGAGAACAUGGGCGCCGAUAAGACGCUGUUGAAACAGAUGAUGGACAUCAAGAACUUCUGUGAACUGAUAGAUUGGUUCGACGAGCACUUUGUUCUCAGGCGCAAGUCCCAAGAAGAACUCUCAGACAUCCCCGACAUCCCAUAUAGACAUCGGGCUCCCCGGCCGUGA